AGGAAGUUCCAGAUAUUUCGCAAAGAAUAUAUGAAAUGUGUAAAAUAGACGGGUUAUUGCAGAGACAUUCCUUUUACAGCAAGAUCAGCCAGGCAGGUCAUCACAUGGGAGCGCCAUUGACUCGAUGCCAGCAUCAAACUGCAAGGACAGUGAUAGAAACGCGGAAAAUCUCCCUGAGCCGGGCUCAAGAAAAGUUUGUCAAUUGAGAGAAUAUACCGACCGACCACUUAGCCUAGGCUGUUGUUCAUGUCCGUGACAUUAUCCCCUGAUAACUGUCUGUAUGUGAACAUCGGAACGCCUCCGCAACAGCCGUUGCACCUGUCUGCACAGCAGCAAGCCUUCAUCGGAACCAUAGCCCACACACUCUACAGACAAGACACUUUUCACAGGACAACAGAAAAUAGGAGGAUUUGGAAUUUUUAUUUUUAUUUAUUUACUUGAACACUUUCGGGCUGAAUGCAUCCCGGCGAAGCAUUGGUUAGGCUACAUCUUUGCUGACGAUUAAUUGAACACGCAUGCCGAACUACAUUGCAAGUAUAGUUUUUGUUUGUGGCCUGUUUUGCCCUAUGCUAUAGUAUAUUAUUUCUUUUUAUAGCAAAAUCCUAUAGCUUUCAAAACUGAACCUAAGGGCACACACAUUAUAGCAAAACUAAUUCGCCAAUGAUGUGGUUUCCUACCUAGCGGUUACAACUGCCGGAAACCUUUUUUUAAUGGAGUAAAUCACCAAUACGGAUCCAGGAUUCAACUAUGCCUGUAAGAAAAAAAGACACAGCUAGGGCCCUAGGCCUUUUGGAAGACUACUGUGCUCAACUGAGGAAGCCAGAGGAACAACAGCUCAAAACUGCCAUUCAGAGAGUGAUGGGGGUCUUCAAAAGCAGCCUGUUCCAAGCACUGCUUGAUAUCCAGGAGCUCUAUGAGGUGAUGCUAUUGAACACCCAAAAGAGCUGCGAGCAGAAGCUGGAAGAGAUCAACCACAUAGCUGACAAGUGGGAACAAACAGGCACGGGCUUCCCCACCACGGUGCUACAACAUUCCUGCCCAACAGAGAUGAGAGAGCGGAGCAGCUCGGAGCCCAGUAGGAAGGUGCAGACCGAGAUCAGUGUAAAUGUCUCUGAAAACAGGCCGGCUGCGGUGCAGGGGUCCCCACACACUGGCCAGCCCCCGGCAUGCAUGAACCCCGACUUGAUGAACGCUCCCUGGCAGUAUCGUUAUGAAGAUGAGGACUCUCCACCUGAGCACGGGUUCCCGCGGCUGACCAACGAGGUGCGCGCCCCAGAGCUGGUGCACGUGUCGGAGAAGAACCUCUCAGAGAUUGAGAAUGUGCAUGGCUACGUGUCCCACUCCCAUAUCUCCCCGCUCAAGGCGAGUCCCGCCCCAAUAAUUGUCAACACGGAUACUCUGGAGUCUGUACCUUACGUGAACGGGACAGAAAUUGAAUAUGAGUUUGAAGAAAUCACGCUAGAGCGGGGGAACUCAGGGUUGGGCUUCAGCAUAGCUGGAGGGACAGAUAACCCCCAUGUCGGAGAUGACCCAGGGAUCUUCAUCACCAAGAUCAUCUCUGGUGGCGCGGCAGCAGAGGAUGGCAGGUUAAGAGUGAAUGACUGCAUCCUGCGGGUGAAUGAUGCCGACGUGUCCGAGGUGUCCCACAGUAAGGCUGUGGAGGCCCUGAAGGUGGCCGGCUCCAUCGUCAGCCUCUACGUUCGCCGGAGGAGACCCAUGCUGGAAACUGUCAUUGAGAUCAAACUCAUCAAAGGACCAAAAGGGCUGGGCUUUAGCAUCGCAGGAGGGGUGGGCAACCAGCACAUCCCGGCGGACAACAGCAUCUAUGUAACUAAGAUCAUAGAUGGCGGUGCAGCACAGAAGGACCAGCGCUUGCAGGUUGGAGACCGGCUGCUUAUGGUGAACAACUACACUCUGGAAGAGGUCUCCCACGAGGAGGCAGUAGCCAUACUGAAGAACACGUCUGACGUUGUCUACCUGAAGGUGGGCAAGCCCACCAGUGUUUACUCAUCAGAUCCCUAUGGGCCACCUGAUAUCACGCACUCGUUCUCUCCAGCAAUGGAAAAUCAUAUGUCUUCCGUGGGAAACAACGGCACUCUGGAGUACAAGUGCAGUCUUCCCCCCAUGCCCAUCUCCCCCGGAAGGUACUCCCCCCUCCCAAACCAACUACUCGGGGAAGAGGACAUAAACAGGUUGGAUGGUUUUUCCUUCUUACGAAAUGCCUCAAUAGAUGACGGAGAGGGUCACAGGUUUGAUUCGCAGCACUUCCAGUUGAGGCCUCCUGAGCCAGUUUACAGCACUGUGAACAAACUGUGUGACAAAACACCUUCUCCCCGCUGCUAUUCCCCCAUGGAGUGUGACAAAAGCCUCCUCCACUCCAUACCCUUCCCUCACUAUCACUUAGGCCUGCUCCCUGACUCCGAGAUCACCAGGGAUCCCAGGAGGAUGGUCCUCCACAAGGGCUCCACAGGCCUGGGAUUCAACAUCGUGGGCGGGGAGGACGGAGAGGGCAUCUUUGUCUCCUUCAUCCUGGCGGGAGGGCCCGCCGACCUAAGCGGAGAGCUGCGGAGGGGAGACCAGAUCCUGUCGGUUAAUGGCAUCGACCUACGUGGGGCCACCCACGAGCAAGCGGCUGCAGCACUAAAGGGGGCGGGCCAAACGGUCACCAUCAUUGCCCAGUACCGUCCCGAGGAACUUGCUUUGUGCUCCCCGCGCCGGGCCCCUUCGCCAGCACCAGAGUACGGGCGCUUCGAGGCCAAAAUCCACGAUCUGCGGGAACAGAUGAUGAACCACAGCAUGAGCUCUGGGUCCGGAUCCCUCCGAACCAAUCAGAAACGCUCCCUUUACGUCAGAGCACAGUUUGACUAUGAGAAGGCCAAAGACAGUGGCCUCCCUAGCCAAGGCCUCAGCUUUAGAUACGGGGACGUCCUCCACGUCAUCAAUGCCUCAGACGAUGAAUGGUGGCAGGCCCGAAGGGUGACCCCCGAUGGGGACAGCGAGGAGAUGGGGGUCAUCCCCAGCAAGAGGAGGGUUGAGAGGAAAGAACGAGCACGUCUCAAGACAGUGAAGUUCAAUGCCAAACCUGGAAUGGAUUCAAAAGGGUCAUUCAAUGACAAGCGUAAAAACAACCUCAUCUUUACACGAAAGUUCCCAUUCUACAAGAACGAGCUGGGUGAGCAGGAUGGCAGUGAUUCCGAACGGAGUCAAGAGGACAUGAUUCUCUCUUAUGAGCCUGUCAUUCGACAUGAGAUUAAUUACACCAGACCCGUCAUAAUCCUUGGGCCGAUGAAGGACAGAAUCAAUGACGACCUGAUAUCAGAAUACCCGGACAAAUUUGGCUCCUGCGUGCCGCAUACCACUCGAUCAAGGAGGGACUACGAGGUCGAUGGGCGGGACUACCAUUUUGUAAUGUCCAGAGAGCAGAUGGAGCAGGACAUCCAAGAGCACAAGUUCAUUGAGGCGGGCCAAUACAACGACAAUCUCUACGGAACCAGUGUUCAGUCUGUCAAAUAUGUGGCUGAGAGGCAGGGUAAACACUGCAUACUUGACGUGUCGGGGAAUGCCAUUAAACGACUACAAGUAGCACAACUCUAUCCCAUUGCCAUCUUUAUAAAGCCCAGAUCCAUCGAUUCAUUAAUGGAGAUGAAUAAGAGGCUAACAGAAGAGCAGGCCAGGAAGACAUUUGACCGGGCCAUGAAACUGGAGCAGGAGUUUGCCGAGUUUUUCACAGCCCUUGUUCAAGGGGACACCUUAGAGGAAAUUUAUAACCACUGCAAAAUGGUGGUAGAGGAGCAUUCAGGACCCUACAUCUGGAUCCCGUCAAAGGAGAAAUUAUGAGAACACACCACGUUGGCAGGGAGAUUGGACUGCUAGAAACAAAACACUUUGUAACAUAUGAUCAAUUGUAAUGUCAAUUUAUAUUGUUCCUAAUUAUAGCCAAUUAAUGAUUUUUUUUUUUGUUAUUGUUUAUUCUUUUUUUCACUUUCAAUAUGAAUGUUCCUGAAUGUACACCACAAAGUUCAAAAAAACAUUUUUGGCCUAAAAAAAUGUUACUGUUUGUAUAUUUAAUGAUUUUUAUUUUUAAGAAAAUGUUAAGGAAAUUAAAUAAACAUGGGCAUGUGUUCACCUCGACUGCGUGGAAUUUCAAAUGAAUUUUAGAAGAUGGCAGAUACAAGUCAUUGCCACACCAACAAAGGAGGGGAAGGAAAUAAUAUCAGCUUCUUUUGCUUUUCUCCACCCAACAGCGAGCACUUUGUGUCCUCUGACGCUCACCUCACAUCAAUAGUUGACAUUGUGUGUGACUGGCCUCUAUGCACUCACAUGGCCCUUGGACACAGUUCAUCAUACUCCUGCUAUUUUUACAUUGUUAUUUUGUAUUCAUUUUAUUAUGUUGUGAAUCCAGAUUUGUUGGACAUUUUAAAUUUGAAUAAGAAUUUCAAUUUUAUUGUUUAUUUUGCGGAUUCUUUCAUUGUUGAGAUGCUUUGAGGGGGCGGGGCACAACAGCACAGAAAAUAUUUAUUAUAAAGAUGUAUAACUUUGAUUAAACAUUUUAUUUGAAAAAAGGUA